CGGGGGCUGCGGCAUGGAGCAAGGAUUGGUGGUUACCCAGCUGGACAUCCAGCCUGGUGAGUGCAUCAAGGUCAAGGGGAAGAUCCAAUCUGAUGCCAAAGGGUUUGCAGUGAAUGUUGGGAAGGACAGCAGCACCCUCAUGCUGCAUUUCAACCCUCGCUUCGACUGCCACGGGGACAUCAACACCAUCGUGUGCAAUUCCAAGGAGGAUGGCUUGUGGGGUGCAGAGGACAGGAAGGCUGAGUUUCCCUUCCAGCAUGGUGACAAGAUUGAGAUGUGCAUCUCCUUCGAUGAAGCUGAGGCAACGGUGAAGCUGCCUGAGGCUGAGUUCAAGUUCCCUAAUCGUCUGGGCAUGGAGAAAAUCACAUACCUGGCUGUGGAGGGUGACUUUAAAGUCAAAGCCAUUAAGUUCAGCUAACAGCUAUAGCUUUGUUUGUUUUCUGCCCCCUGCACAGUGAAAUAAACCCAAACUUGCAAUGGCUG